CCAAAACAGAAACAGUUCGUCCAAUUUUCUUUAUAUUGAAGCAAAAUGCUCUCCAAAAUUCUUUUGAUCCCGGCAGAACUUGCGUGGAACCAAUGUUCUGCGCAAAAUUUGAAGUUAUAUUGUGCAUCCAAUAUUGAAAAAAUCUUUUCCCGUCCUAAAUUUAAUUUGAUGUGACACAACCUUGAUUGAUCAGCUUGAAAACUCAUUCCGUGGAUAAAUUUUUGACGUGGCAUUCUUCAAACUAACUGAGUACAAUGGACAGGAAAAACUUCCAGUUAAACAAAUUUUUGAAGAAACCCGAUAACAAUAAUUUCUCAGAUGACAAAAUUCAAGAGAAAUUGUACGCAUGGUUUGAAGACCAAGGACUCCUUUCAGAAUUCAAAGCGCACAUACGUCAAAAGAUGAUCAGCGCCUUAAAAGGAACCUCCUUGGGGGUUGAAUCAUUAAACAGAAAUAGUGCAAAGUCAGUGUCACCGAAAUUGCAAGCAGUGAACUUGCUGAUCUCGGAUUAUUUAUUGCGUUUACAGCACCAUUACACACUAUCUGUAUUUUUCACCGAGGUUCCCUCUCUAACCAGCUUAUCAGAAUUCUCCACAUACAUCACCAGAUUGGCAGAUAAAAAUUACGCUGAAUCUUCGGGAUCAGAGCCUCUACCUCGUAUCGAUACUGCUGAUGUCAAAGAUAUUCUUCAAGCCCUUGGUUUUUCACCAGAUCAGGGUGUCAGCAUAAAAACCCGUCGACUGUAUCAAUUCAACAGGGAAAAUAAAGCGUUGUUAAUGUGCCUUCUUGACAGCCUUCAAGACUACCUAAAUCAAAAUUGUAACUACAGGGACCCGCAGAAAACCAGUGACGGUGAAGAAAAUGAAUUGUGGCCGAGAGAAAUUCGAGAUGUAUUCAUCAAUAGUGACUUCAGUUUUGAGCAGCUGGAAAUUUUACAAGAUCAUAUUACCAGAUACUAUAAAAAUGCUGUUAAAAAAUUAAAAGCGGAAGAAGAAGCCAAGUAUCGUUUGAAAGUAUCUGAAGUUUUGCAGAAAGAAAGAGAGACGUAUGGAAAAUUGGCAGAAACUGAAAAAAGGUUGAUCGAACAACAAGAAAUUAUUGAAAAAGAAAUAGCAUCCAGAGAAGACCAAUUGAAGACCUUAUCAUCAGCUCUGCGGAAACAACAUGAAGCCAUCUCUGAAAGGCUAUCACAGCUUCAAGUUAGUUUCCAGCUAGCAGAAGAUCAGAAAAAGAUAGCAGAUGAGAAGAAAACCCUGGAACUAACACAGAAACUCAUAACUGGCUCUAACAACCUCAACUCUAACGAGCCUCAUGACAAUGUUAAAUUUCUGCAACAGUUAGCUCAGCAAUGCUCAGCUUUGACAAAAAAGCUUGCCGUAAUCAGAGAUAAAAGGGAAAAGGCUCCAAUCGAAAACCCCUCCACAUCUCCGUCUUUCAAGGCAGUGGACAGUUUCAUUUUCGAUCAGCAUAAAGAUUUGAUCCAGGAGACGAAGUUGAAUCUUGAACAGAAAAUGAAUGAACUAAUGCUGAAGCUUGAAGAGAUUAAAGAGGCCCACUCAGUAAAAACGCCAGCGAAACAGUCAUAUGUCGACGAUGCUGGCACAAGAUUGGAGGUUAUUGAUGUCGGAAAUGAAAAGAAGCCUGUUGGUGACCUGGACUUGAAUAUCAAGAAUGACUCAAACGAGAAUGCUACACCUUCGGCAACAAAUACAACAGAAACUUGUCAGAAAUAUGAUAUUUUGGUUCCAGAUGACCUCUCACAAAACUGCUGUGACUCAGGCCGACAAUCGCCGCUUCAAGCUCUCAAGGAUGAAAAUGAUAAUAAAAUUGAUGUCAAUUCUAGCAGAACUACUUUGUUUCAUAUACUGAACGUGGUAAGCCAUUUUCAUGUAAAAUUUCAUUUUUUCCUCCUUUUUUUAAAUGGAUGA